CAGCGCUUUCAGCCAAUAGUGGAACCGGGUCCGCGGGAGCUGCGGCUGCUGCCUGCUUUGGCUGGGCUGGAAGUGCACGGAAGGAAAGGAGGCUCCUUGCCCGGCCAUCGGAGGGCGGGUCGUGCCAGCAGCAAAGAGGCGGCGGAGCAUCCUUUGCCGGAAAGCCAGCCAGGGAACAGGUACGGUCGGCAGACAAGAGGAGGAAGAGAGGUCCGUUUCUUCUCUGAGCUCCUGGCUUGGAGGAACAUAGGAAGACGCAGGGACUCAGCAGACAUCACUAAGAAUGCUACUGCUUUGGCCAAGGUUCCUGUUUCUGCCCACUCUUCUGGGAAUGGUGUAUGCAGCUCCCACCUUAGAUGGAGGUAGAACACAGCAGCAUGAGGAGAUAGUUCUAAGUUUUCCCAGGGAUAAAGUCAGCCUGAACGAGAUGUUCCGUGAAGUGGAAGACUUGAUGGAGGAUACUCAGUACAAACUGAGGAAUGCAGUUGAAGAGAUGGAAGCAGAAGAAGGUGGUUCUAAACAAGUAACAAGAGUUGUUUUUGACCAGCUGCCACCCAACUAUCACAAUGAAUCUUACACAGAUACAAAAAUUGGAAAUAAAACUAUGCAUAUUCACCAUGAAAUCAAUAAGGCAACUGAUAAUAAAACUGGAUCUGCUCACUAUUCUGAAACUGUUAUCACAUCAAUACAAGAAGGAGAGAGUAAGAGGAAUCAUGAGUGCAUUAUUGAUGAGGACUGUGAGACUGGCAAAUAUUGUGAGUUCUCUGGCUUUGAGUAUAAGUGUUAUGUUUGCAAAAUCCAACACACACGUUGCUCUCGAGAUAGUGAGUGCUGUAGAAAUCAGCUCUGUGUCUGGGGUGAAUGCUUGAAAGCUGCCUCAAAAGGAGCUAAUGGAACAAUCUGUGAAAACCAGCGUGACUGUAAUCCUGGAAUGUGCUGUGCCUUUACAAAAGACCUUCUGUUCCCUGUGUGUACCCCAUUAUCUGGUGAAGGAGAAUCUUGCCAUGACCCUUCAAAUAGGUUCCUCAACUUAAUUACAUGGGAGCUGGAACCAGAUGGAGCCCUGGAUCGCUGCCCCUGUGCACAUGGAUUGACUUGUAAGAUGCCGAGCUACAGCAGCGAUUCUCUCUGUGAGCUAUCUGUCAAUGAGACUGAAAUCAAGGACACAGAGAAACGUUUGCUAGUAGAUGAAAUAUCUCUACUGGAUUUUAUAACACAAGAUAUUCCUGGUGACUAUGAAGAGGCACUGAUUGACAAAAUGCAGGAAGAUUUGGAGAAAGAAGUGUCUGUUACCAAAGAAUUGGACAUAGCCAGCGAUAUGUUUUUUGCAGACAAAAUGUAAUUAAUUGGUCACAAAUCUUUUUUAGACAAUAGUGGCAUAUAUAGUACAAUUAAACUAUUUUUGCUCAAUAGAAGUGCAAUAAUUAAAAAUAUAAUUUACUUGUAUCUUUGCCUUGUACAAACAAGUAUUUUCUAAGUCUUAAACAGUCUUCAUUGAAACAUUUAAAUAUGGGCAGAAGCUUCAUUUAAGGAUGGCUCCUCAGAGUUUCAAGCAAGAUAUGCCUUGUAUUUAUUAUGGGAUAACUAUUUAACAUUGGCGGUUGGCUUGAGUCCAUCUUUUCUAUAUAUAUUGUUCUUUUUCAAAGAAAUCUCUCAGAUGAUGAAUCUGUUUCUUGAGUCAAGACUUAUGUAUGAUUUUUGUGGUAAAAAUAAUCAGUGUGUUGUAAAUUUCAAUUAUAUUCAAUAAAAAUGUUGCCUAAUAGGCCUUAAAGUUUCAAAUAAA